AUGAUCUCAACACUUUUUACCCAUAUCAUCAACCCCUUAGCUUACAUCAUCCCAGUUCUCCUGGCCGUUGCCUUCCUUACAUUAAUAGAACGAAAAGUCCUCGGAUACAUACAAUUUCGAAAAGGCCCUAACAUCGUUGGACCCUACGGCCUCCUACAACCAAUCGCCGACGGGGUAAAAUUAUUUACUAAAGAACCCGUCCGCCCCUCAACCGCCUCCCCCAUUUUAUUCCUCCUCGCCCCGAUAUUGGCCCUUACUCUUGCCCUUACCCUAUGAGCCCCCCUUCCCAUACCAUACCCCAUCCUAGACCUAAACCUAGGAAUUCUUUUUAUCCUAGCACUCUCCAGCCUAGCAGUAUACUCCAUCCUAGGCUCAGGAUGAGCAUCAAAUUCAAAAUAUGCCCUCAUCGGGGCACUACGAGCCGUAGCACAAACUAUUUCCUACGAGGUCAGCCUAGGAUUAAUUCUUUUAAAUGCAAUCAUUUUCACAGGAGGCUUCACCCUACAAACCUUCAAUACAGCCCAAGAAACCGUCUGACUUCUACUACCAGCCUGACCUCUAGCCGCAAUAUGGUACAUCUCCACAUUAGCCGAAACUAACCGAGCACCUUUCGACUUAACCGAAGGUGAGUCAGAGCUAGUUUCAGGCUUCAAUGUAGAGUACGCAGGGGGCCCUUUCGCUCUAUUUUUCCUGGCAGAAUACGCAAACAUCCUCCUUAUAAACACCCUCUCUGCCACUCUUUUCCUAGGAGCCUCCCACAUCCCCACCACCCCAGAACUAACAGCUGUUAAUUUAAUAACAAAAGCAGCACUCCUUUCCCUACUCUUCCUAUGAGUUCGAGCCUCCUACCCCCGCUUCCGAUACGACCAAUUAAUGCAUUUAAUCUGAAAAAACUUUCUUCCCCUUACACUAGCUCUAGUCAUUUGACACCUUGCGCUCCCUAUCGCAUUUGCUGGACUCCCCCCUCAAAUCUAA